AGCAUUACAGAGGAUUUGCUCCUAUCAGAGUAGUUUGAACUUCAUUUGGUCUAUCUAGAGCUCCCUUUGAUGGAAAACAUGUUGCCUGUGUUGCACUAAAAAAAAAAAGUAAUUUCCUUAUAAAUCCUUGUCAGUGAGGUGCAAUGAAAGAAUGGAGAGAACAAGAAUGUAAGAUAUGGGUGCUAAAUUAAAUGAAAGGGGGUGGGGAUUUGAAGAAAAGGCAAAGGGGGGGUGCUUCUCAUCCUGCUCUCCUUUUUUCUCCCUCUUCUCGUCUCCUUGGUCACACACGCACACAUUCUAAAAAACACACUGACGAGGGCUGAGUGGUGCUAUGGCCACAGUCACAGAGGGCAGCUCUCCAGUCCCAGGCACAAAUGCACCCCAGAGGCUUGACUUGGAACUUAGUUCAGAACCUGGCUCGGCUGAAACACCUGAGCUCAGGAAGACCCUGUAUGACAGACAGGAAAAAGAGGGUGAGGAAGAGGAGGAUGGAAAAGGGUCAGGCCUGAGCUCAGACCCGGAGUGGCUCGAGGAGAGGUUCCGUAUCGACAGGAAGAAACUGGAGAACAUGCUGUACGCUCCAAAGCAAGGAGGUGCUGUGACGGGCGAGGAGUUUUUCGAGAGAGUGAUGAGAGAAACUGACACUUUGGUGAAAUGGCCAUCAAAGCUGAAGAUUGGAGCCAAAUCAAAGAAAGAUCCACAUGUGAAGGUGGAAGGCAGAAGAAUCAAUGUUUUGGAAGCCAAAAAGAAGAUACUUGAAGUGCUGGAAACCAGAGUGAACAAGGUGACGUUAAAGAUGGAUGUGGCCUACACAGAACACUCCCAUGUGAUCGGGAAAGGUGGUGGAAACAUCAAAAAUGUGAUGGAGGUCACGUCCUGUCACAUCCAUUUCCCCGACUCAAAUCGCCACAGCGCCACCGGAGAGAAAAGCAACCAGGUCUCCAUUGCUGGGCCAAUAGAAGGAGUGGAGGAAGCCAGGAGGAGGAUAAGAGACUUGCAACCGCUGGCCUUGACCUUUGACCUUCCUGUCAGCAUAGUACCCCAGGAUGUACCAGAUGCCGGCUCUCCGCUCAUCCAGCAGCUUGUACAGACACUGGGGGUCAGUGUGAGCUUCAGAGCAGUGCCACCCCAGCCUCAGAUGCAGCCCCAGCUCUACGGAAACUGCUGCACCAUCUGGGGCCUGCAGGGUAACGCAGCUGCUGUGAAGAAGGCGGCCUGCAUUCUGAUGGAUCUGCUGCUUGGGGCUGAGGUUGUGGGUCAGACAGCAGCGUGCAUCGUUAGCAGCCAGCUGGACGUCACCUCUCAGCAGCACCUCUUUCUUUUGGGGCAGAACGGCGCUCACUUCCUGAGCGUCAUGCACCAGACCCACACCCAGAUCAUUUUACCGGACCUCAGUGCUCCACAGAACCCUCCGUCAUUGCUCAUCCAGGGCAGCCCUGACGGAGUGUGUCUAGCCCGGCAGCAGCUCAUGGAUUGCCUGCCUGUGUGUUUGAUGUUUGACAUGCGUGACGACGGAGAGGCAGAUACCUGUAAACUGGCUCAGAUGAUGCAAAACCUCGGAGUCUUCAUUAGCAUCAAGCCUAAAUUAAAGCAGACCAGCAAGUCAGUAGUGGUGAAAGGUUUGGAAAAGAACAUCUCGUGUCUUUAUGAGGCUCGCCGCCUGCUGCUGGGAUUGGACUCUUGUGAGUCCACCAAGGUGAUUGAAAUGACCCGCGACCCGGUGUUAUCCAGCAGUGGACUGACCAGCUACUGGCUCAACCUGUUGCUGCAGCAGCUCCAUCUCUCUGAGCAAGGUGAGCAGGAACGUCCCACUUCAGAAGUGCAGAGUGGGUCUAAACCUCAUCCAUCACCUCCGCCAGGUCUCGCGCCUCCAGCUGAGGAAGGGAGGAACAGACUGAAAGGAACAGACGGCCACCCACUGGAGAAGAUCAGUGAAAAUGAGGACCAGUCUGGCCAAUCAGAAGAUGAGACAUCAAAGGUCACAGCGAUGGCGUCAUGUGAGACUUGUGAGGCAUCAAGCAGCAGCAGGGUGGCAGUAACAGACUGCAGGGGGAGCCUCCAGGGUCCUGAACCCAUUAAGGUUUUCAGUCAAGGCAGACGUCAUUCAACGGGACAGACACUAAUACACAGGUUGCUGAAUUCAGACAUUGAGGACGUGAAGAGACACAGCCUGAGGAGAGGCAUGACACCGACACGGGAUGCAUGUACUGACUCAUUGGAGGCAGAGGAUUAUGAUUAUGAGAAGAAGAAACUACUAGCAACAAGAGCUAUGCAGAGGAAACCAGUGGUCACGGAAGUCCGGACGCCCACCAACACCUGGAGCGGCCUCGGCUUCUCUAAGUCGAUGCCAUCUGAGGCUGUCCAAGAGAUGCGCAGCGUUAACAGACGCUGCUACAAACGCUACCUGACCAGCAGCGCCAGCCCACAACAGUCGUGGGCUGCGCCAACCGUGAAGGACAAGAUAUGCAACAGGAGCGACUCCAACAACUGGAGGGAAAGACGCGGAUCCACGUCCUCCUCUCUGCCCAUGUCCUCCUCCAACUCCUCUUCCUCCUCAUGCUCACCUUCCUCAUCUCCCUCCAACUUCUCCUCCUCCACCCCCUCCUUCCCUGCAUUUAUUUCCACUCUGAAUCGGAGCAGAGAUGACAACAAACCCUCAGAAAGCUUCCCGAGCAGCUUCUUUGAGGGAGUGUGCUCAUCAAGGAGGGCAUCAAAUUGCAGUCUGCGUAGCCCCUCGCCGCAAAUCACAGAUGAUCUGCCGGAGCUGCUCAGCCAGCUGGGCUUGAUGAAAUACAUUGACGUGUUUGAACAGCAAGAGAUCGACUACCAGACUUUCCUCACUCUAUCCGAUGAAGAUCUGAAAGAAGUGGGCGUCGCCACCUUUGGUGCCAGACGUAAAAUGUUAUUAGCAAUCUCAGACCUGAACAAGAGCAAGCGGAGUCUCUCAGACACGUCCACUGUGAAGUCUGGCUACCUGGAAGGUGGUGCUAGUGGACGACUCCCACGAAUUAUAGAUAUAGAAGUUACUGCUCAGAGUAAGCGUUGGUGAGAAGAGUGCCAGUGCAAGAACAGAAGUGUCAAAUCUGGUUAUUAUUUUCCUUAACGGAGCAUUACAAAAAUGGGCAGAAUCCAAUGAUGUUCUGUAACCUCAUUCCAAAGGUUUUUGUAAAUGCAAGAUCAAGAGAUGGAGGUCUUCUUGGCUAUACUUUUGAUUGUGCAAGAUACUGAAACACUGGCUACAUGUCUGAUUUAUGGCAUCCAUUAUUAUAGCAAAGUGCCUUACUGAUGCAAAGUAUGAAUCCUAUGCUGCAACCUCUGUUUUAUGCAGUUGUGAAUAGUAUGUAGUGUGGAAAUGAUGAUUAAAUAAAAUACUGUUAUUGUUG